CCAGAUCUUUAGCCCCUCUGUCCUCCCCCCCUUCAGAGGAGGGGAGGCUUGGGGGUAGUCCAAGAGACCGCCUGCCAGGCCCACGGGGCAUGUUCGUGCGCGUCCUCGUGUGCCUCCAUGUGUGCGUAUGUUUGUGGACACCGGCACGCGAGAAAAUGACCGUGCGUAAAACCCGGCAAAACCUGCUGCCGUUCAUUGACUCAGCGCGCGCAACAGCAGACCAGUCGGACCUCUGGAGCGAGAGUCGAGCGGAGAGGAAGAGAUAGUGUGAGAGGCUGCUGCACAGUCAUGGUACUGUGUGGCACCAAGGUACCACGUUUCUUGGGGCCCAACGUAUACUCAGAGCCUCCCGAUGGAGGCUGGGGAUGGAUGGUGGCUGCGGCCUUCUUCGUGGUGGAGGUUUUCACCUACGGUACCAUCAAGAGCUUCGGCAUCUUCCUUCAGGACCUGAUGGAGGAGUUCGGGGAGACCAACAGUCGAGUCUCCUGGAUUGUCUCCAUUUGUGUCUUUGUCAUGACCUUCAACGGUCCUCUCUCCUCUGUGAUGACAAGCCGCCUCGGCUUCCAACCCGUCGUCAUGAUUGGAGGAUUGCUAAUUUCCUCGGGUACCAUUGCCACCAGCUUCACCAGCUCCAUCAACCAAAUAUACAUCACCUAUGGUUUAGUUGCGGGUCUGGGCUACUGUCUGACCUUCUUGCCCACUGUGACCAUCCUUUCCCAGUACUUCUCACGUCGACGGUCUCUGGUCACAGCUGUGGCAUCCACAGGAGAGUCCCUGUCCAUGUUUGCCCUGGCGCCAGCCUUUUCUGCACUGAGGGACCACAUUGGCUGGCGACGCACCAUUGCAGUGAUCGGAGCGAUGCAAAGCACCAUCAUCAUCUGUGGUGCUUUGCUUCGGCCAAUCGUUAUCAAACCCAGAGCAUCCCACAAGAGAGAGACUGACGGAGCAUCCGCAAAGGAACUGGAACACCUCAGCGCACAGAAGAAUGUGGAGGACACAAACCCAGAGGACUCAGUAACAAACAAUAUCGCACAAGCAGCAUACAGUCUGGACAAGGAGUUGACCAGAGGCUCUGUAAGCACCGGAGACUCCGGUGUACAGUCUCUAUAUGGUGGAGAUAAAAGCAGCACAGAGGAGAAGACGUUACUGCACAAAGACGCAGGGUCAGAGACAGAGAAGGAUUAUGUGGAAAACAGUGAAUCAGGGAUUAAAGAAGCUGAGACCGAGGAGGAGAAAGAUUACAGAGAUGCUGAGAAACAAACUAUGAAAGACGAGGAAAAUGAAUCGGGAGGAGAUACGCUACCUCCAAAGAAUUCAAAACUUCUAGAUUUCUCCAUCCUCAGAGAGUGCAACUUCAUUCUCUACUGUCUGUUCGGGCUGUUUGCCACACUCGGCUUCUUCGCCCCCCAGCUCUACAUCAUCGAGCUGAGCGUGAGUCUGGGCGUGGAGCGGGACCGCGCCGCCUACAUGCUCUCCACCAUGGCUGUGGCUGAAAUCUUGGGCCGAUUCUCCAUUGGGUGGAUCCUGACGCGAAAGCAGUUCAUGAAGAGAAAGCUGUAUGUUCUUUUGAUGUGUGUCAUUGUAAUGACAGCAGAUCUGGUGGGAUUUACUUUGGUCACGGAGUUCUACGGGCUGGCUGUGUGCUGUGCUUUGUACGGCUUCUUUAUGGGGACGCUAGCCUGCACCCACAUCCCCAUACUGGCUGAGGAUGAUGUCGUCGGCAUAGAGAGAAUGUCUUCGGCUGCUGGUGUCUAUGUUUUCAUACAAAGCUUCGCCGGGCUCGCCGGACCCCCACUUGGAGGUGUGCUGGUGGAUGUGACUCACAACUACGGCUCGGCCUUCUACUCGUGUGCAGCCGGCAUGGCGCUGAGUUCCCUGUUCCUCGGUUUGGUAAAACCUGCUAAGAGAGGACUUCUUUGUAGGAAGAGGACUUCAAAACAGUUUGAAGACGUAUGUGCACGUGAAGAGGAGCCAGAGGAACAGAGCAAGGAGCAUAAACGGGACAGAACUGACGGCCCUCGCGACUGCUCUGAAGUGGGGGCCAACUCCGACCACAAGGGGGCCACAGGGGACGUCGAGGAGGUUAUACUUUUUGCUUGAGCUGAUAAUAGGGGAUGAGGAUAAUUAAAGGGUCAAGCUAUACAUGAAUAAAAGGCUGUUUAAAGACUACUGCUGCCAGAGUGCUGAAGUGACACAAAUACAAUGAAUGAGACCAAUGUUAACUGUGAAAUACAAGCCUCUUUAGAUCUGGCGUCUGAGAGCGAGUCUUGAGAAGCUUUAGAUUACAAUAUGGAGGUGGCCAUCAUGCCGUGAAUCACUAAAGCACCAAACAGUGUUUUUACCAGAUUCAAUACUGUUACAAUUAAAAAGAGUGGCUAUUAAAUUAGCUUUAAGUCAGUAUGCUUUUGAUACCGUCUUGUUUUAAUGGAUGAAGGUGUGAAAUAUUUCUGAAAUGAAUGGACCUGUCCUGAAAGGACUUUGAGAGUUGCUGUAGUUUUAGAUUUUCCAGAGAGAAGAUGCAGCGUUUUAACACUAAUAAACUCAUCACCUGCUGGUCAUCAAUACCAUGAUGAACGCCAGAAAAACUGUUAACCAAAUGUAGCUGAAAGGAACAAUGGGUUGCACAGAAAAUGCAUAAAGCUCAGGAGUGUGUGAUUAAAAGAUUUUUUUUUAAAUCAAACUGUCACCAAGCUUACAAUGUUGUCAUAUGCUGCGUCAGACACAAACUAUUUUUGUAAUGAGUUCAAUCACAAUAAUGAAACAGAGUCGUUUGUGAA